GAUAAGGUAAGCGGUAGCAGGCCCACCCGUCAACGCAACGAAUGAUGCCUCCUCUCCCACUCCUCAUCCGACGUCCAACCCAUCCAAGAAACUAGUAUAGCUUGCAUGAAAGAUCGCCAACCCUUCACACCCCUCAUCCUCAGGAAAAUCAUCCGAACGGCUUCAUCUGCUCUGCCACGUGGCCAGCAUACUUUCUCCCUCCCUCUCUCCAAGAUCAGUCCACACGACCAACCCCUACCCAAGAUUCCCGCGCCUACAUUGCAUGAGUAUCUCAUCCAAACACAUCCCUCCCCCCAAAAAAAAUCCAUCUCACCGUAUCUUCAACAACAUGGCGAUCGCGGCUGUCGGUCAAAUCUGUUCCACGGCCUCUCUGUCCCACAACCUAGAGCAGUGCGUGAGGCUCGUCGCCAAGGCUGCUGUCGGUGGUGCCAAAGUCCUCUUCCUCCCCGAAGCCGCAGAUUACAUCGCCUCAAGCCCGCAAGAAUCCCUCUCCCUAGCCCAACCGCAGUCUCAGUCCCCCUUCGUCCUCGGCCUCCAGGAAGCAGCAAAGACCCACUCCGUCGCCGUGAACGUCGGCAUCCACGUCCCCGCAUCAGACGCCCAGAAGCCGGCCGUAGACGCCGCCACCACCACCACCACCACCACUCCAAAGCUCCUCAACCGUAGCCUCUGGAUCAACGCAGACGGCACCAUAUUCCAAGCCGCGACCUACGACAAGCUCCACCUCUUCGACUACGGCGCCCUCCGAGAAAGCGCGACAGUCCAAGCCGGCCCCUCCCUCACGGCCCCGUUCCCCACCCCGGUCGGCCGCGCCGGCAGCCUCAUCUGCUUCGACCUCCGCUUCCCCGAACCGGCCCUCGCCCUGACGCACCCGGGACCCAAGAGCCCCUUUCUCCCCGACAACAACGGCGGCCACGGCCCCGCCCAGAUCCUCCUCUACCCCUCCGCCUUCACCAUCCGGACGGGCCAGGCGCACUGGGAGACCCUCCUCCGGGCCCGCGCCAUCGAGACGCAGAGCUGGGUCGUCGCCGCGGCCCAGGUGGGCGCGCACAACCCGAAGCGGAGCAGCUACGGGCACAGCAUGGUCGUCGACCCCUGGGGCCGGGUCAAGCUGGAGCUGGGCGGCGUGGACGCCGAUGGCAGGGCCGAGGAGGGCGCCGAGGGGGCCAUUGGCUUUGUCGAUGUGGAUUUGGACGAGUGGGCUAAAGUCAGGGAGGGUAUGCCGUUGGCCAGACGGACCGAUGUGUACCCUGAAUUCUGAAGGUCCUCCUUGGGGGUGGGCGUGUGAGCUGUCACAUUCCCGGAAAGCAGGGUCAAAGCUGGGAUCGCAGGUGUAUCCGUAGAGUUACUCGUGCUCCGUACGUACGGAGUACGCAGUACAGAUAAAGGUAUUACAGUACAGACCGGUAUGGAGAGGGCCGCGGGUCUCGGGAGAAGGGAGGGGGAGUCUAGCAAGCCUCGCCGCCGGGGAGAGGCGGGAGGGAGAGAAAAAGAAGCACGGGUAACCGGUACGGGCGAGACGAGACGAGCCCUGAGUCCCCGACUGUCGGUAACACCGCGGUGCAGGUCCUUGAGGGCUUGAGGCUCUUUGUGGGAAGGGAAUGCUGCAGGGAUGAGCGUCCCAACCACUCGGCGCGUCUGUGGAUAUUCUAGAAGCGUAGCCGCAAUGUUCCAUAGAUUGGGGGCGCCGCCGGUCGAAAUGAUCAAUGGAGAUUAGUGUGUGGAAAAAUUCAAAAAAGAGGUCCUGCG